AUGGCGGCCGACGAUGUGGCCGUGGUUAUGGUGCCGCUCCCGGCUCAGGGACACCUCAACCAGUUCCUCCACCUCUCCCGCGUCCUCGCCGCCCGAGGGCUCGCAGUCCACUAUGUCGGCUCCGCCACUCAUAAUCGCCAGGUCCGCGACCGCUCCGAGAACAGCGGCGGAAUCUACUUCCAUGACCUCCCGCUGCCUCACUUCUCCUCCCCUGCCCCGACGCCCGACGCAGCCGUCAAUUUCCCGAGCCAUCUUCAGCCCGCCUUCGACGCCGUUCUCCACAUUUUCAUCCCUCUCGCUGACUUCCUCCGGUCUCUGGCCGCCGCCUCCCGCCGCGUCGUUCUCAUCCAUGACUCGUCCAUGACGUUCGCGGCCGGCACGACUGCCCCCCUCCCCAACGCCGAGAGCAUCUGCUUCCACACUGUCUCCGCUAUCUCCAGCUUCUUGUACCGCUGGGAGGGGCGCGGCCGGCCGCCGGAGCCGGUGAUCGAACAUUUGAAGCUUCCCCGAGUGUCUAACGAAGGCUGCAUAACAGAGGAAUUCAAGUACUUCGUUCACAGCCAAUGGAACAUGAUGGCCGCCGACGAAGGUCUGCUCUUGAACACGUGCCGGGUGAUCGACGACCCGUUCAUCGACCUGAUGGCGCGCGAGCCUGGGUGGGAAGGCAAGAAGACCUUCUCCAUCGGGCCUCUGCACCACCUCGCGGCGAGACAAAACAUGGGGGUUCGUCACGAGUGCGUGGAGUGGCUGGAUCAGCAACCGCCGGGUUCCGUCCUCUACGUGUCGUUCGGCACCACGUCAACCUUCUCGUACGAGCAGGUGGCGGAGAUGGCGGCAGGGUUGGAUGCCAGCGGGUGGAGGUUCCUCUGGGUGCUGCGGAAUGCCGACCGGUGCGAUAUUUUUGGGGAGGACGAGCAGAGGGAGUGGCUUCCGCCAGAGUUCUACGCGCGGGUGGAGGGGCGGGGGAGGGUGGUGCGGGGGUGGGCGCCUCAGGUCGAGAUCCUAUCACAUCCGGCAACUGGAGGGUUCGUGAGCCACUGCGGGUGGAACUCCUGCAUCGAAAGCUUCGGCGCCGGCGUGCCGAUCCUGACAUGGCCGAUGCACUCCGACCAACCGCGGAACGCGGUGCUGGUGACUCACGUGCUGCGGGUUGGGUUCCCGGCGCGCGAGUGGGAGAGACGGACGGAGGUCGUAUCGGCAGAGGCAGUCAGGCUGGCCGUGGAGCGGCUGAUGGGCGAAGAAGGGGAGCAAGUGCGGCGGCGGGCAAGGAAGUUGGGGGCGGAGGUGAGGCGGGCCACGGCGGAGGGUGGUAGCUCCUGGGCAGAUCUGGACGCUUUCGUGGCGCAUAUAGUCAGAUGAAAGUUUGCAUGGCGUGGCUGACGUGGAGCCAAAAUUUAUUACAAGAAAAUUGCGCUGCAUUUUAUUAAUAAA